AUGUUGGAAAGUGUGGACGCUGUCUGUGGAGUGCGGCACAAGACUGAAGUUCCUGUUGUCCCUUUCAGAAUCUCUGGUCUUUCUACGGCAAACAACCCCGGGAGCUAAAUGGACGACCGCCAGCUUGACCUGACAGAGGCGCAGAUAGAAACCAAAUCGAAGUACCCUCCAAUCAACAAGAAAUAUGAAUACUUGGAUCAUACAGCAGAUGUACAAAUCCACUCCUGGGGAGACACUCUGGAGGAAGCCUUUGAGCAAUGUGCCAUGGGCAUGUUUGGGUAUAUGACGGACACCGAAACUGUGGAACCGACUGGUACUGUAGAAGUGGAGUCAGAGGGGGACGACUUGGAAUCUCUGCUCUUCCACUUCCUAGAUGACUGGCUGUACAAGUUCAGUGCAGAUAUGUUCUUUGUUCCCAGGGAGGUGAAAGUGUUGUACAUUGACAGAAUGCAUUUUAGGAUUCGUUCCAUUGGGUGGGGUGAAGAAUUCUCGCUGUUGAAGCAUCCACAGGGUACAGAAGUGAAAGCCAUUACAUAUUCUGCAAUGCAAAUCCACGAUAAAGAAAAACCAGAGAUAUUUGCAAUUGUUGAUAUCUGAUACUGUACCUCAAGAUGUUGAUUACGCGACUUCUUCAUACAUUUGCGGCCAAAUUAUAUGGCCUUUUUUUAUUUAAGAACUUGAUCAUGGAAUUGUAAUAUAUUAUUUGCUGCGCUUAUGUUCUGUGACAGGUUCAGAAUUUGAUACUAAAUCAAUCAAUCAAUUUACACAGUAUCCAAAUGAUUCAAUCAUGAUUGAUUAUGAUAAUCAAAAAGUAUGGCUGUUAGGGAAUAUUUAUUGCAUUGAGAACAUAAUGCCUCUUAAGUACAUCACUAAUGAAUAUCCAUCCAUCCAUUUUCUAUAGUGCUGGUCCUCAAAGUCGUGGGUUAGCUGGAGUCUUACCCCUACUUAGUUUGGGCGAGAGGCAAGGCCUCAUUAUACUCCCGCGACAGCGCCCGCAUUGCAUCACACGACCGACUCGUUGGGCCACGUGACACUUGACACGCACACGGCACAAAUUGUCGCUGCGCGCAGAAUGCCGCGGAGAUCAUCUCUCGUGAUUGGUCCGUUUUAGUCACAUGCUGUGAUGACGUACUCAGCUUUCCCCUGUGUUCAAUACAACACCAUCUUUAAAAUACAAAACACCUCCGCCGCCGCCUUCUUGAUCGAUUUUCCAAUAUAAUUAAGCGCAUCAUUUGGUCAUCUAGGUCCAUUUUGUUCUAGCAGGCACCGUUCCGCGGUUGCCAUUAUUGUUCCUUGUUUGGCCAUAAAAUGCAGAGGAAACUUCACCCUGUGGUGUCAGAGCCAGUACCAACCGGAGCGAUAACCCCGACUUGGAGGAGAACUGCAGCACAUUUUCAAAACUGUGCGCAUCGGUUGCACUCGAGUAUGAAGACAAACUGUGGGCAGGAUCGCCGCCUGUGCGAGUAUAAAGAAGCCUGCAGGGUACAUACGGGGUUAGUCGCCAGUCAAUUGCAGGGCACAUAAGUACAAAAGACCAUUCACACUCGCGUACACUUUUGGACAAUUUACAGGUACAUCUCAAUAAAUUAGAAUAGUAUCAAAUGCCUAAUUGAGUUAGGUAGUUCAUUUCAAAAAGUUUAAUUCAUAAUAAAGCGAUGCACUACACACACCGUGAAAUAUUGCAUGAUUUUUUUAAUAUACAUGUAUAAUUUUUAUUUAUAGCUUUUAGCUAUCAAAAUUCGCCAUUUCAGGAAACUAGAAUAUUACGUAAAAAAACAAUCAAGAGACUGACAAUUAUUUUCAAUGUGGAAAUUAAGCAGGAAGAAGUGUGUAUCAAAUUGGUGGCCCUUUGCAUUCAUUAGUAUCCAAGAAACAGCUCUGUUUCAAAAUGGUUGGUGGUCCUGUUGUAAAUAGACAUUUUAUUUGUUGUUGUUACUUUUGCUAAGUAAUAAAUAUUUUGAAAAUAAUGUAAUAUUAAAGCAGUUUUGCACGUUUGUGGAUGGUUCUAAUGACACAUAAUUGUUAUUGUGUCAAAAAGUGAUAGUUACUGGUAUUACAGUAGUUACUCCUGACACUGAUAAUAAAUGUUAUGCAACACCUA